AUGUCCCUCUAUUUCAACACUGUAAAUCGGAAUAAGAAGUCAAUUUCGGUCAAUCUAAAACACCAGCUUGGAAAGAAGGUUAUACUUGAUCUGAUCAAGAGAUCAGACGUUGUUGUCGAUAACUUUAUUCCCGGAAAGCUGGAGAAAUUCGGUCUAGGGUACGAGGUGUUCAGGCAAACCAAUCCCUCCAUAAUCCAUGCUUCCAUAUCAGGAUAUGGUGCUACUGGUCCCUUUGCGCAAAGGCCAGGCUACGAUGUCAUAGCAGCCGGUGAGGCCGGACUGCUUCACAUCACUGGCGAGCCAGAUGGCCCUCCGACAAAGCUUGGAGUUGGAAUCAUGGACCUCUGCACCGGCUUGUAUCUACAUGGCAGUAUCUGCGCUGCUCUCGUUGCGCGCGCAAGAACCGGGCAAGGACAGAAGAUCGACGCCUCGCUGUUCGAGACAACGAUCUCCAUCCUGAACAACGUGGGAAUGUCGUGGCUCAACCUCGGCAAGGAGGGAAAGCGCUGGGGAACGGCGCAUCCCAGCAUUGUGCCCUACGAUGCAUUCAAAACGAAGGACUCGCUCUUGGUGAUUGGGGCCGUGAACAGUCGUCAGUUCAAAACGAUGUGCAAGUAUAUCAGCAAGCCAGAGCUAGCUGACGAUCCGCGAUUUUCGAAUAACGAUGCCCGUGUAAAUCACCGGCUCGAGCUCAAGGAGAUUCUGGAUAACUUGUUUGCCGCUCAUACAACACGUUACUGGUUGGAGGUUUUUGAAAAGAGCGGGCUACCUCACGGACCGGUCAACAUGUUAAAGGAGGCUUUUUCACAUCCACAAAUCGGAGCGAGACACAUGGUGCAGUCGGUCGACCACAGUGCAGCUAUUGCUGGGAGAAUCAAUGUUUUGGGUAUCCCAGUCAAAUUCAGCGGAACACCUGGGUCAAUUCGGAGUGCACCCCCUUCCUUAGGGCUAAAUACAGAUGAAGUAUUGAGAGAGCUGUAUACAGAGGAAGAGAUUGCGCAGAUGCGAGCGGAUGGGGAUCUUCAUGGUUUCCAUCACCCAGAAGUCAUCCACAUGCUGGUCACUGGAGGUGUCACAGGCCUAGGAGAGAUGGCAGCACAAGUCUUCGUGCAGAACAAAGCUCGUCUUAUCAUCGCUAGCCGCAAGGAAAGCGUACUGAAGAAGACCACGGACCGUCUGAACAGCCUUGUGCCCGGUACCUGCGAGUAUAUCGUCGCCCACCUCAAAGAUCAGGCUGGAUGCGAUCACUUUAUCAAUGAGGCCAAGAAGCGCGCCGACCUCCUGACAGUACUGGCUGACACAGGCGAAACUUGGGGCGCGCCGUAUGAUAACUUCCCAGAAACCGAAUGGGAGAAAGUCAUAGCGCUGAAUGUCAAGUCUGUCUUCUACAUGACGGUGGCCCUCCAGAACCACCAGCCUACUUUCAGAGCCAGGCAGACAAAACUUAAGGAAGCUAUCCUUAUAUAG